AAAUUAUUGAAUGGGUGCUUGUAAAAGUAUACAAACUUAAUUAAGUGCUCCUGAUAAUUUUACACCAGAAAAAUCAAUACCUAUCGAUAAUAAUAUAAAACCAAAUACUGCUACUUAAUCCGGUUUGAAUACAACUCAUUCAAAUCAUUCGAUUAAUAUAAUAAACGAAGAGAUACCUUAAUAUUAGAUUUUAAACAAUUAAUAACGUGAUUAAGUAAUCAGGCAAGCUGUAAGUGAAAUUGUGGGUAAUUAAGAAUAAUAAUCAGAAAAAAAAUCAUUUAUUAGAUUAACAGAUUAAGGUAAAGAUGCAAUGCCGAAAAUUUCGGAUUCUUCUUUUGGACAAAUAAAAACAGAGCCAAAUCAACAUAAGACUGAAUAACUAUAAAUAAGUCACGAUUAUCUUUAAAGCAAAAAGAAUUUGGGCAAAUAGGAAAAAAAUAAAAUACAAUGACAAGCA